AUGUCAGUAAUCCUAGCUUCUGCUGGUUACGACCAUACUAUCCGGUUUUGGGAUGCUUUAACUGGGAUAUGCUCCCGUACCAUUCAACACACAGACUCCCAGGUCAAUCGUCUCGAGAUAACAAACGAUAAACGUUAUCUCGCUGCUGCUGGGAACCUUUACGUCCGAUUAUAUGAUAUCAGACAGAUAGGUAAUAGUGGGAACAACCAAGCCGAUUCCAAUCCCGUGAUGACCUUUGAAGGUCACACCAAUAAUGUCACAUCAUUAGCCUUUCAAAUAGAGAACAAAUGGAUGGUUUCCAGUCUGGAAGACGGUUACGUAAAGGUUUGGGACGCUCGUUCCCCAUCGGUGCAAAGAAGUUAUAAGCACAACUGUCCUGUCAACGAAGUGGUGAUCCACCCUAACCAGGGAGAGCUUCUUAGUUGUGAUCAGGAUGGAAACAUCAGGAUCUGGGACUUAGGGGAAAAUAAAUGUUCCCAUCAUCUUAUCCCAGAGGACGAUGUACCCAUCAAUUCCCUUACGGUGGCCAGUGAUGGGUCGAUGCUUAUAGCUGGAAAUAACAAAGGUAAUUGUUACGUGUGGAACAUGGCCAACAAUAAGGAUACCACCACCCUUACUCCUAUCACCAAGUUCAGAUCUCAUCUGAAAUAUAUUACUAGAAUUUUAUUAUCCACAGAUAUGAAACACCUUGCAACAUGUUCUGCUGACCAUACAGCAAGAAUUUGGUCUACCGAAGAUAACUUUUCAUUGGAAACGACGUUACAAGGACAUCAGCGAUGGGUAUGGGAUUGUGCUUUCAGUGCUGAUGGUGCUUAUUUGGUAACUGCUUGUAGUGAUCAUUAUGUGAGGUUGUGGGACUUAUCGAACUCAGAGACUGUAAGACAAUAUAAUGGGCAUCAUAAAGGUGCUGUUUGUGUAGCUUUGAACGAUGUCUAG